AUGUCGUCUGAGACGCUCGAGACAGUCACAAUAACCACGACAAUUCGACAGUCUAUAAUACCAACACAUGCGCCAACAUCAUCCCCCGAUCCCUCGUCGACACCGACUACAUUUGCCACCUCAGCCCGGGAGACAAGCAGCACCACCGACCCUACAGCUCUCCCGGCAGACGGGAACCAAGAGACUCCCGCUAGCGGACCCCCGACUGGAGCGAUAGUUGGCAUCGUCGUAGUGCUGGCCAUAGCCGCGAUUGUUGUCGCUGCCAUCUUGAUUCGUAAAUCCAGACGAUCAGAGCGGCGCACGAGAGCCGAUAGCUUAAACCCCAAUCCGAGAAGGGCGCCAGGGACAGGAGCAGAGGGACGUGCUCCCUGGGAGCCUCGCAGUAAUGCUGCCGUGGAGCAGGUGACGAGGGAUAGGCCGACAUUGAAUGCACCAGCCUAUGAUAAGCCACGAUUGUGA